CGUGUGAUGCGGCCGCAACCUAUAUAUACCCUCAAGACUUUUAAUCGUUUCGCUUUCCUUUUUCUUCUUCUUCUUCUUCGUCUCCACCACAGAGCAUUCUUCAGAGUCGACUGUUUCGGAAUGGACGCGAGCAAUACAAGCGACGCCUACAUUAGAAUCAGCAACGAUGUUAUCAGCAAGUCUCGAAACGACCUCGUCUUCAGUGGAGAACUCGAUGAGUCUGUUCUUACCGAGCUUCAUGCAACUUGGAGAAGGAAGAUGAUACAAGCCGGAGUCAUAAGAGGAACCAUAGAUACAUCUUCUCCUUCGUUUCCUACCACCACACCUUUGAUGCAGAUUCAAGAUCCAAAUCCUUUGCAUGGAUAUGCUCAGAAUCAGAGUGGGAUUGACACUGAUGCUCAGUUUCCAUCCACGGAGCUUGGGUUGUCGAUAAAAGAUGAGAGUGAAGGAUUUCACAUUCCUCAGCAAGAUGGUGCUAGUGAUGAUAUAAAGCCAAGCGCUUUUGCUCCUCAUGAUGAUGAUGAUGAAAGUUUGAACGAGGAUGAUGAUUAUGAGGAAGAUGAUAUCAAUGAUGAUGAGGACAUUCCGCAUUUGAUCAUGUGUCAGUUUGAUUAUGUGAAGAAGCGCAAGAACAAGUGGGAGUGCAAGCUCAAAGCUGGGGUUAUGCAAAUCAACGAAAAGAACAUUCUUUUCUCUGAGACCAAAGGAGAUUUUACCUUCUAAGAGAAGCGUUAUGUGAAGGCUAUCUGUCUCUUUCUCGCUAGACUCUCUACUAAAUAAAUGCAAACUCUUAAUGUAUAUAAGAUUGUUUUGGCUUUGUUGAGUUAAUAAAUAAUGGAAUUUGCGAAUUUGAAUCCAUUGGUCC